AUGAGCCCGACAACUACCGUACUCCUCUUAUUUGCUAUUAUUUCUAUUGUCUACUCUCAAUCACAUUGCAAGAUCAAUGUCAAAUUUCGAUCGAAGACCGAUAAAGAGGUGCAAGUCGACAUGCUGAUCCCGGGAUCUCUGAUGAAAAUGGAGCCCUUCACGAUGGAUCACAAGAAUCAGAAUAAAAGCGUUAUGGUGAAAGGCGAUGAUUGCGAGAAGAAGGCGUGGUUGAUUCGCGUCUGGAAGCUGGAGGGAGACGAGUGGGUCGUCGCCAAGAAGGCCAAGAUGAAGCUCUUCGGCAAUGGCGGAUGGAUCCGCGUGAUCAUCGAAGACGACUACACCCCGCGUCUUUUGGACCGUUACGGAGUGAUGUGUUUUGAUGGGGACUGCGGA